GUCAAGACAACAUUAUUAUUAUAAGUAGUUUAGGCCAUUUAAUUCACAAGUACUGACGUCUGAUAAGGUUGGAUUUCUCGCAGCUGCUAGCCUUUUCCACCUUUAACUUGUUGGGUAGCUAUCUACCUCCCUUUCCUCAUUUCUCUCAGUUCUCGCUCCCAUCUCUCCAAAGCUUGGUUGCUAAGGUGCUUUAUUAAAAAUGGGGCAUAGAUUUGUUCUGUUGUAUAUCUGUUUGUGGACUUUGACAUGCUCCUUGCUUCUCCAUGCUUCAUCUGAUGGAUUACUAAGAAUUGGUCUAAAGAAAAAACCCUUAGAUACUGAGACUCUCAAUGCUGCAAAAAUUGCAAGGAAAAUGAUGAUCCAUAUGCAAAAGAACGGUCUUCAUCAUAGUCUGGCUGAUUCUGAUGUAGACAUAAUAUCUUUGAAGAACUAUAUGGAUGCUCAAUACUUUGGAGAGAUUGGUAUUGGCACGCCUCCACAAAAUUUCACGGUCAUAUUUGAUACUGGAAGCUCCAACUUGUGGGUCCCAUCAUCAAAGUGCUACUUUUCUAUUGCCUGUUACUUCCAUCAUAGGUAUAGAGCAAGCUCAUCAGCCACUUACACAAAGAAUGGAGAAUCAUGCGAAAUUACUUAUGGUUCCGGAGCAAUUUCUGGUUUCUUUAGCCAAGAUAAUGUACAAGUUGGAGACCUCGCCGUUAAAGAUCAAGUUUUCAUUGAGACAACACGAGAGUCGAGCCUCACAUUUGUAUUAGCAAAGUUUGAUGGCAUACUUGGUCUUGGCUUUCCUGAAAUUUCUGUUGGUGAUUGUCCCCCACUUUGGUAUAGCAUGGUUGAGCAGGAUUUAAUUGACAAGAAGGUAUUCUCGUUCUGGCUAAAUAGAGAUGCAGACGAUGUGAAUGGGGGCGAGCUUAUUUUUGGAGGUGUUGAUCCAAGACAUUUUAAGGGCGAACAUUCCUAUGUUCCAGUAACUAGUGAAGGAUACUGGCAGUUUGACAUGGGAGAUUUCCUGAUUGAUGGCCAAUCAACUGGCUAUUGUGCUGAUGGCUGUGCUGCUAUUGUAGAUUCUGGAACUUCCUUGCUUGCAGGGCCAACUACCAUAGUCACCCAAAUAAAUCACGCCAUUGGUGCAGAAGGAGUUGUGAGCAUGGAAUGUAAAGAGGUCGUUAAACAGUAUGGAGAGUUGAUACUGGAGUUGUUGGUUGCACAGACUCGACCAGAUAAAGUGUGCAGCAAGAUUGGCCUAUGCAUAUUUGAUGGAGCUCGAUAUGUCGGUACUGGCAUUGAUUCCGUGGUUGACAAGCAAAAGGAGGAAGAUUCAUCUCUUAAUCAAGAUGUUUUAUGUACUGCUUGUGAGAUGGCUGUUGUUUGGAUUGAAAAUCAACUGAGAGAAAAUAAAACUAAGGAACGAAUUUUGGCCUAUGCUAAUGAGCUGUGUGAACGUCUGCCAAGCCCCAGUGGAGAAUCAACUGUUAGCUGUGAUCAGAUUGCAAGCAUGCCAAAUAUUUCAUUUACAAUUGCCGAAAAAGUUUUCAGCCUAACUCCAGAAGAGUAUGUUCUAAAAGUUGAGCAAGGAUACACAAGUGUCUGCAUAAGUGGGUUUAUGGCAUUUGACGUGCCACCUCCUCGAGGUCCCCUCUGGAUUCUUGGAGAUGUUUUCAUGGGUGCAUAUCAUACAGUGUUUGACUUUGGUAAUAAAAGAAUAGGGUUUGCUAAAGCGGUUUAAGAAGACUUUUCAUGCCUUUGCUUGGAAUACAUGACUGUGCAUUAGCAGAUUGCGCUGCAAGUGUGUAACUAGGGGAAUCAAAAGCACAUACCAUAUGGAUGUAUGUAGCUUUCAUGAAUAUAUAUCACUUAUUAGUCUGUAAGAUCAUGGUAACUGGUGCUUUUGUGUACUUCUGAUUGUACCUAAUGCAUAUGUUUUAAGAUGGUUGUAAGGUCAGUGCUGUAUGUAUUGGACUUUUUAUGCAGUAUGAAGGUUAUAUCAUAUUUAAAGAUCACCAUUUGU